ACUGUUUAAUUAUAUAUCAUAACUCUUCCAUUUUUCUUCAGUUACCAUUUGUUCUGAACUCUCGCUCUCUUUGCCUCAUCGCCCAUCGGCCUCCUCUCCUUGUUCCGACAUUCUCUGAUCGUUUUGAUGGAACAUUUUUUAGGAUCGGUCUUCCUGACUUAUCCUUACAUAGCAUUGCAUUUUUCUGGAACCGAUCAAAGUAAAAUAUAAAAAUCUAAGAAAGCGGAUUUAUUUUCGUUGGUUCGUUGAAUUUUCUUCUAGUCGUGGAAUUUCAGGAUCCAGGCGGCAGCAGUUGUCUUCCUUGAGACUCUGUCAAACGAGCUUAUCAUAUUAAGUUCUUUUUUGGCAGGGAGGAUUCUUAAAGGUUGUUUUACUAGAAACUCUUCAGACACAACAGAAAAAGGGAACUUUAUUUUUCUUCAAGCAAAAUGUUGGGAGGCAACAAUGGUAAACUUUUGCUUCCUGCUUUCCUGGAUGAGAAUCGUUUCCAGUAUCAGACUAAUGCAUCAAAUCAGCUGCAGUUAUUUGUCAGUCCACCAGCAGGAUGUAAUGUUGAUCCAGUAAAUUUUUUUGGAAAUGAGCAUAUUACUCCUAUCGUUAGGCCAAAUAAACGUGGCAGAGAAACUGAAGAUAUUUCAAGGCAGCAAAAGCGUCAGAUAUCCUUGAAUUAUUAUGCCUGUCAGGAUGAAGCUGAUCGCUCAGCAAGCAUUCUGAACCCAAACCCAGUAUCAACAGGAUUAAGGCUAUCAUAUGAUGAUGAUGAGCGUAAUUCAUCUGUUACUUCUGCAAGUGGAAGUAUGACGGCUGCACCUUCAAUCAUCUUGUCCCUUGGGGAUAAUAUCAAGACUGAGCUUGAUCGACAGAAGGAAGAGUUUGACCAUUUUAUCAAAAUUCAGGAGGAACAGUUGACAAAGGGGGUGAGGGACAUGGAGAAGAGACACGCGGCUUCUUUCCUUGCUGCUAUGGAGAAAGGUGUCAGCAAAAAGCUUCGCGAGAAAGACAUUGAAAUAGAGAACAUGAACUGUAAGAACAGGGAAGUUGCAGAGAGGAUAAGGCGAGUUGCGAUGGAAGCCCAGAAUUGGCACUAUAGAGCAAAGUACAAUGAGUCAAUUGUUAGUGUCCUGAAGAACAAGCUCCAGCAGGCAAUUUCACAGGGUGCUGAACAAGUUAAGGAAGGAUUUGGAGACAGUGAAGUCGAUGAUGCCACCUCAUAUAUCAACCCAAACAACUACCCGGGCAUUCCAGGUGGACCUGCCAAAUCAUUUCCCAGGAAUAACCCAGGCUUGGGACACAUUUGUAGAGCAUGCAACACAAAGGAGGUCUCUAUAUUGUUGAUGCCUUGUCGGCACCUAUGUUUAUGCAAGGAGUGUGAGGGGUCAAUCAGUGUUUGUCCUGUAUGCCAGUUUAUCAAAACUGCAAGCGUUGAAGUAUAUAUGUCCUAAGUUAUUCAAGCAUAUUACUACACAAAUGAAAAAUUAUUUACCCUUUGUUUCAUAUAGCUUUAAAAUUAUGAAUUGUGUAUGUGUCUUAAACUAAUUAUCUUAAUGAAAAGAGCCCUUCCCUUGUGAUC